AUGCCCAACCGUAGCUACAUCAAUGCACUAGUACGCUCUCUCCACGAUGAGAGUCAGGAGCACAACGUUGUCACGUUAAGAGACAUUGAACCUCCAACACCCAAAACUGUCCAGUGGACCCCACCAACCAACGCCCCUGCUAUUGCCACCACGCCUCGACUAUUUCCCAAAGAAAGUUGGCCAACUCCAACAUACGGUGCCCUCACAAGCCCCGCAGUCAGGGCCACCAAACGAAAAGCACGACGACUCACCAACCAGACCAAACAGAACAUGCAACAAAAAGCACCACGUUCCAAACCCCUGGUCCUAGCACCCAAACGCCGCAGCACUCGUACCACCAAACCAACCUACAAGAAAUCCGUCCAAGCCAAUGCCAGUAGCUUCAACACUCUAACUGACCCCCACUACUGCCUCCAUGGCACAGCCAUCAAUCCUGACACAGGCAAAGUAGCCGAAUACCCUGAGCUCCUCAAGUCGUCAGCCGGCCACGAAUGGAGCGACGCCAACGAUGAAGAAAUGGGACGCAUGUGCACUGGACUUAGACCAAAAUCCCACAUGCCUACAGGAACACAAACCCUGGAAUUCAUUCACCGCCGUGACGUCCCCAAAGACAAAAUUGUCACAUAUGUUCGCAUUGUAUGUGCCGAUCGCCCUGAAAAGGCCCAAGUCCACCGCGUCCGAUACACAUUGGGCGGCGACAAGAUCGUCUACCUCGGUAACAAGACCACCAAAACUGCCGACAUCCAAACCAUCAAGAUCCUUCUCAACAGCACCAUCAGCACCCCAGGCGCCCGCUUCGCCACCAUUGAUCUCAAGGACUUCUACCUUGAGACAGAUCUCCCAGAACCAGAAUAUGUCCGCAUCCCUGUCAGCGUACUAUCCAAAAAGAUAAUUGACCUAUACCACCUCCACGACAAGAUCCACAAAGGUUUUGUUUACUGCAAAGUCAAGAAAGGCAUGUAUGGGCUUCCCCAAGCUGGCAAACUUGCCAACGGUGAUCUCCGCCAAUACCUCAAACCCCACGGAUUCAUCCCAUGUGAACAAACCGCGGGCCUUUGGAAAGACACCACGUCCGACCUCAUGUUCUCCCUGGUUGUCGACGACUUUGGCGUUCGCUACACUGCCAAGUCCAACAUUGAACGACUCAUUACCGUCCUCCAAGGAAAAUACAAAACAUCGAUUGACUGGACCGGGUCCCGCUACAUCGGCAUGCAGAUCGAUUGGGACUAUGAAAAUGGAACCGUUGAUAUAUCCAUGCCUGGUUAUGUCGAACGAGCCCUACAACGCUUCACUCACCCAGCUCUCACACGCCAUGAAUCCUCUCCUCACGCCUGGAUUGCUCCGGUCUACGGAUCUUGCCAGCAAUUUGCUACCACCGACGAUUCCCCAUUUCUAGACGUCAAGGACCAAACGACCAUCUCUGAGGUUGUUGGAACCUUCCUCUAUUAUGGCAGAGCAAUCAAUCUCUCCAUGCUACCGGCCCUUGGCACCAUCGCUGCCCAACAAGCACAACCAACGGUCAACACUAUGAAAGCAGUCACCCAGUUUUUGAAUUAUGCCGCUUCCAACCCUGACGCCAAGGUUCGCUUCUAUGCCAGUGGUAUGCAUCUGUACAUAGAGAGCGAUGCCUCCUACCUCUCCGAAUCCAAAGCACGCUCGCGUGCCGCCGGAUACCACUACCUGGGCCCUGCUCCAACGGACCUCAAAAACAUCACACCGCCUCCGCGAAAUGGUGCCAUUUCCGUCCCAUGCAAAAUUCUCAAGAACGUCCUGGCAAGUGCUGCUG